AUGUCUCAAGGUCAGCUUUAUGUAAGAAAUCAUGAAAUCGUAGGGUGACUAGUCCAUUCAGUGGAAUAAAACGAUCAAACAAGCUAUAUGGAGGAAAUAACUACAUACAUUUAACAGAUCCUGCCAAGGGUGAUGUGACUGACGUUACUAAUUGGAGGCCUAUUUCCCUCAGCAGAACUCUGUACAAGUUAUACGCUAGGUGCAUUGAAGGUCGUCUCACGGAUUGGCUGGUCCGAAACAGUGUACUUAGUCCUUGCCAGAAGGGGUUCCUACCUGCGGACGGAGCGUUCGAACAUGUCCACACGCUUAAUCGGUCUCUCGAAAAGGCGAGGACCGGUCGAGCCGAUAGGUGUGUGGCGUGGCUCGAUAUAUCGAACGCGUUCGGUGCAAUUCCACAUAUGGCCCUGGAGGCGGCGAUCUCGGCGUGCAGGGCUAGAAGUGGCCUGGUCGAGAUCGUGAGGGACUUGUACGACGGGGCGUCGGCCAGCGUUAGCGUGGCCGCCGGGAACUACAGCGGCCAUUGA